AUGCCUGCCCUACGACCACGACUUCGUCGUUCUGCGCGACUACAGAUACAGUCUCAAAUCAUCUCCCCACGAUGUUGCAAGACUGGGCUGAAAUUUAUGGAGCCACCACCAGCUCCUCCUGCACAGGGAAAGGGAAAACACGGCAGAGGAGGUAAAGAUAGAGCUACUACUUCUCCUACUAUUUCUAUCAGCUGGCAAGCGGUUCCCCAGCGGACCAAUAGGCUGGUUGACUACCUCAUUGGACACCCACCAGAUUGCCGCAUUCUGUUCGCCAGUGAAAAGAAGAAUCCAGCCAACUGUGAAGCUGAGGGCCGCCCCUCAGGCAAAGACAAAAAUGAAAUCCAUGCUGUCAUUGCAAGGGUUAUUUUCUCUGACGAUCCUCAAUACGCAGUGCUCUACACGUCGAAUCCCAACAAAUUUCGGGACUCUGUAUAUAAUCGCAUCGUGGCCCUCCGCACUAAAUUUCGUGACAUUCGUGCUGAAUUUGAGUCAACGGGUGCAGGCAUCAGUGCCCAUCGAUUCAGAGACAAGCGUAAAUACGAGAAGGACUUUCCCUGGUACGAUCAGCUCUACUCCAUCUGGGGCUCCCAUCCAUCAUUCUCCGCCAAAACGUCAUCAUCAAAGCCGGGCGUUGAUCACACGAGUGAUCUCUUUUCUCUCACCCGUCCUUCGGGUGGCUCUCUUCGUCCCCCCGCUUCCCCCAGCACUGAUCCCGGCUCUCCCAUGGAACUUGGCAACACGCCUCUCCCCAAUGCUCUAGCUGGCGGCGUUGCUGGGUCCUCAACUGGACCCACUUAUGGCUGCCUUCCUCCAAACACCCAUGCAGGUGGUGCUGUGGCCAUGGCACCACCUACCUCCCCCCAAUUUUGUCACACUCCCCCUGCUCCUGGAGGCAGUGGUGGUAGCCCUUCGCAAUGGAACUAUGUGCCACCGCCCCCAAGCGCUCACACCAAUAGUUCUGCCAGGUCCCCUGUUUCUCGUUUCCCACUGCUUCCCUCCGGUGCUACAUCUCACGACGGUUCUUACUCUCCCAUCGCUCAUUCCCCCACUGAUGAUUAUAAUUUCGAUGGUAUUUAUGAUGACAACCCUCUUGCGGGUGAGAUGGGGGAUCUUAAUAUGGAUUCCCCGGAUGAAAUUACACACGACGACAGCAACACUAUCAGCCUGAACAGCCCGCCAAGACGCAGGGCUGGGAAGAAGCGCCAGGAGCCCCCUUCCCCCCCCUCCCCUACUACUACCUCUCAUAUGCAACAGAUGCCCCCCCACACUUCCAUCCAGCAUGAUCGCGCUACAUUCAAGUCUCAUGUUAGCCAGGUGAUGAUGCGUGAAAAGAGUAAAUCGGGCUCUAUGGCAUCGUCAGGGUCGCGCUCGUCGUCACACUCUCGAAAGCCAUCAUCAUCUCACGAGCCGUCAUCUGAACAGUCCUCCCCGACAGUGCAAACAUCUGUCUCGACGACGCCAGCAAGUUCAGUCUCCAAACGCCUCCAGACGGAGAUUCGUGAGCAGAUGGAUGUGCUCAACAACGACCUGGAAAGUAUUUAUUCUGACAAGCUAACCUUAUAUCAGCUGAAGAACGAGCGCCUUAUGGUGAAGCUCAACGCUAGUCGCCAGGACAAGGAGCAUCGUAUGAUGCGUGAGGAGCGUAUGGAUGAGCGCGCAGAUGCUGCCAUAGUCCAUCAGCACAUGAAGGAGGCUAAAGAGGCAGAUAUUCGCCUACAUGAAGCGGAUGCCGCCGCUUUUGCCGUGGAAGCAGAUGUUCUACACCUCCGGAUUCAGUGGGCCCAGCUCAAUGCCCAGGGUGGCAAACCUGCUGGUACCUGA